GUUGCGAGGAUCUUCCAAGCAUCAGGUUGCUUCUGCAUAGGAAACUCACGUUGCUGUGUGAAGUUUUGUGCUUCUGCAUAACUAACUUACUAACUGACUAACUAACUCUCUCUUUCUGCUGAAAACUCCCAGACCACGAGUGGAGGGUGUUGUCAGCGCCCCUAGGUGCUGUGUGGUGCCUUGUUGGAAAGGUGCGGGGACUCCAGUUCAAGACGCCAGGAUUCAGCAAUUGCUCUUUCUGCUGUUAUCUUUAAACGGAUCUUAAAUCUCCAGGAGAAUUUGAAAUACAUGAGUGAAGAGCUGCUGCAGUUUAAGAGGGCGCCUGUGGGAGUAGAGAAUGGAUUCCUUGGACCAUAUGCUGACGGAUCCCCUGGAACUGGGUCCCUGUGGAGCUGACCAUGGCUCCCGCAUUAUGGAGGACUGCCUGCUGGGAGGUGCCAGGGUUAGUCUGCCCGAGGACCUUCUGGAAGAUCCUGAGAUAUUCUUCGAUGUCGUCAGCCUGGCAACCUGGCAGGAAGUGCUAAGUGACUCCCAGCGUGCGCAUCUCCAGCAGUUUCUGCCGCACUUCCCCGAGGACAGCCCUGAGCAGCAGCAUGAGCUCAUCCUGGCCCUGUUUAGUGGGGAGAACUUCCGCUUUGGAAACCCGCUGCACAUCGCCCAGAAGCUUUUCCGAGAUGGACAUUUUAACCCUGAGGUGGUCAAGUACCGACAACUAUGCUUCAAGUCGCAGUACAAGCGAUACCUCAGUUCUCAGCAGCAGUAUUUCCAUCGGCUGCUGAAACAGAUUCUUGCUUCCCGGAGUGAUCUGCUGGACAUGGCCCGACGGGGUGGCCCGGCCUUCCCUGUGCGGCAGAAGCGGCCCUCACCAUCCCGCAGCCCGGAGGAGCGCGAGUGGCGGACUCAGCAGCGCUACUUGAAGGUCUUGAGGGAAGUGAAGGAAGAGUGUGGGGACACAGCCCUGUCCUCUGAUGAAGAAGCCACGUUGGAUUUACAAGAAAAAUUUUCUUUUGAAGAUCUCAGCUCAUGGCUUCCGAGCUCUCCAGCACGUUCUCCUAGUCCUGCGGUGCCCCUGAGGGUGGUGCCCACGCUUUCUACCAUGGAUAUGAAAACCGUAGAUAAAAUAGAACUGGGGGACAGUGACCUGAAGAUAAUGUUAAAGAAGCACCAUGAGAAGCGGAAAUACCAACCAGAUCACCCGGACCUUUUGACAGGGGACCUGACUCUCAAUGACAUCAUGACUCGCGUGAAUGCUGGCAGGAAAGGCUCCCUAGCAGCCUUAUAUGAUCUGGCAAUCCUUAAAAGAAAGGUUAAGGAGAAAGAGGAAAAGAAAAAGAAGAAAAUAAAAACGAUCAAAUCAGAAGCAGAGGAUCUGGUUGAUUCCCUGAGCACUGCUGAUGCUGUCCCGCCUCUCUCUCAGGCCCCAUCUCCACUGGCAAUACCUGCCAUCAAGGAAGAGCCCCUUGAAGACCUCAAGCAUUGCCUUGGAUUCAAUGAAAUAUCUUCCAGCUUCUUUUCCUUGCUGUUAGAGAUCUUACUGUUGGAGAAUCAGGCUAGCCUUCCUAUGCUAGAGGAACGGGUUUUGGAUUGGCAGUCAUCUCCAGCCAGCUCCCUCAACAGCUGGUUCUCUGCAGCCCCCAACUGGGCUGAAUUGGUGUUACCAGCCCUGCAGUAUCUGGCUGGAGAAAGCCGAGCUGUUCCUUCCAGUUUCUCUCCAUUUGUUGAAUUCAAAGAGAAAACCCAGCAUUGGAAAUUGCUUGGCCAGUCCCAGGAUAAUGAAAAGGAAUUAGCUGGGCUCUUUCAGCUGUGGCUGGAGACCAAAGACCAGACCUUCUGCAAGCAAGAGAAUGAAGACAGCUCAGAUGCCACAACACCUGUCCCUCGAGUAAGAACUGACUAUGUGGUGCGGCCCAGCACAGGGGAAGAAAAACGGGUUUUUCAGGAGCAGGAGCGCUACAGGUACAGCCAGCCCCACAAGGCCUUCACCUUCCGCAUGCACGGCUUUGAGUCUGUGGUGGGGCCGGUGAAGGGUGUGUUUGACAAGGAGACCUCCCUCAACAAGGCCCGGGAGCACUCCCUGCUGCGCUCCGACAGGCCUGCCUAUGUCACCAUCCUCUCUCUCGUUCGAGAUGCUGCCGCCCGGCUGCCUAAUGGAGAAGGUACCCGGGCAGAGAUAUGUGAACUGCUCAAGGACUCCCAAUUCCUCGCACCCGAUGUCACCAGCACACAGGUGAACACAGUGGUGAGUGGUGCUCUGGAUCGGCUGCACUACGAGAAGGACCCGUGUGUGAAGUACGACAUCGGACGGAAGCUGUGGAUCUAUCUGCAUCGUGACCGCAGUGAGGAGGAGUUUGAGCGGAUUCAUCAAGCACAAGCAGCUGCAGCUAAAGCCAGAAAAGCUCUUCAGCAAAAGCCCAAGCCCCCAUCCAAGGUGAAGUCCAGUAGCAAGGAGAACCCCAUAAAGGUCCUGAACAGUGGCCCUUCUGAGCAGAGCCAGAUGAGCCUCAGUGACUCCAGCAUGCCACCCACCCCAGUCACUCCUGUAACGCCCACCACGCCAGCGUUGCCUGCCACUCCCAUCUCCCCUCCCCCUGUGUCCUCAGUCAAAAGUUGCCCCACCAGUGUUUCGGAACCAGCUAAGUCUAGCUCUGGUGUUCUUCUGGUGUCUUCACCAACAAUGCCACAGCUUGGAACAAUGCUUUCGCCAGCUUCCAGCCAGACUCCACCCAGUUCUCAGACUGCCACCCGGGUAGUAAGCCACUCUGGCUCAGCCGGACUGCCUCAGGUGCGCGUGGUAGCCCAGCCCAGCCUUCCUGCUGUCCCUCCACAGUCAUCAGGGUCCACAUCGACACUGCCACAGAUGCCCGCAGGACCACAGAUCAGGGCUCCAGCUACUGCCACACAGACCAAAGUUGUGCCCCAGACAGUAAUGGCCACUGUACCAGUCAAGGCCCAGACUGCAGCGGCCACCGUGCAGAGGCCGGGAUCCGGGCCAACAGGGCUCACGGUGACAAGUCUUCCAGCUGCGGCCAGUCCUGUGAGCAAGCCAGCCACAAGUUCUCCUGGGAGCUCUGCUGCAAGUGCCUCCACAGCUACUGUCAUUCAGAAUGUCACAGGACAGAACAUCAUCAAGCAGGUGGCAAUUACUGGGCAGAUUGGUGUGAAGCCCCAGACUGGUAGCAGCAUCCCACUCACAGCCACUAAUUUCCGUAUCCAGGGUAAGGAUGUGUUGCGUCUGCCACCUUCUUCCAUCACUACAGAUGCCAAGGGACAGACGGUUCUGCGCAUCACUCCGGACAUGAUGGCCACGUUGGCCAAGUCGCAGGUGACCACGGUGAAGUUGACCCAGGACCUCUUUGGGACAGGAAGUGGCACUGCAGGCAAAGGCAUCUCUGCUACUUUACAUGUUACUUCCAAUCCCGUCCAUGCCACUGAUAGCCCUGCCAAGGCCAGUUCAGCCAGUGCCCCUUCAUCCACUCCAGCAGGUACUACCGUGGUGAAAGUGACUCCUGACCUCAAACCGACAGAAACCUCAAGUUCAGCUUUUCGUUUGAUGCCAGCCCUUGGUGUAAGUGUGGCAGACCAGAAGGGAAAAAACACAGUGGCGUCUUCCGAAGCAAAACCAGCUGCCACAAUCCGAAUUGUGCAAGGCCUGGGAGUGAUGCCUCCCAAAGCAGGCCAGACCAUCACCGUUGCAACCCAUGCCAAGCAGGGAGCCACGGUGGCCAGUGGGUCUGGAACUGUCCACACUGCAGCGGUGUCCCUGCCCAGCAUGAAUGCUACUGUUUCCAAGACUGUGGCUGUGGCUUCUGGAGCUGCCAGCACCCCACUCAGCAUCGGAACGGGAACCCCCACUGUGCGGCAGGUCCCAGUCAGCACCACGGUCGUGUCCACGUCUCAGGCUGGGAAGCUUCCUACACGGAUCACAGUGCCACUGUCUGUGAUUAGCCAGCCGAUGAAGGGCAAGAGUGUGGUCACAGCCCCGAUCAUCAAAGGCAACCUUGGAGCCAACCUUGGUGGGUUGGGCCGCAACAUCAUCCUCACGACCAUGCCAGCUGGUACCAAGCUCAUUGCUGGCAAUAAGCCUGUUAGUUUCCUGACUGCCCAGCAGUUGCAGCAGCUUCAACAGCAAGGUCAGGCCACACAGGUGCGCAUCCAGACUGUCCCUGCAUCCCAUCUCCAACAGGGAACAGCUUCUGGUUCCUCCAAAGCAGUCUCCACUGUUGUUGUUACCACGGCUCCAUCUCCUAAACAGGCACCUGAACAGCAGUGACUGGGAGAGAGAUGGCGUCUGUAAAAGACAGGACCUGGUCUGUCCUGGCUAAAGAGCAGCGGGGAGAUCGCAUCAAUUCUCCAGGCUUGUGUUUACCGCAGGCCAGUGGGGGGAUGAUGGCACCAAAAGCCUCAGUUCUGCUGCUAUGCCCUGCAGUGGAGCACUGAGAGAAAGGCUCACUCCAGCAGAAGUUUUUUUAGAGUUGGUAGGAGGUCGCAGUUACAUCAUGCAAACCCAGUUCUGUGAUGAAGAGUCAGACACUCAGGGAAGGCUCGCCAGUUGCAGUGAAUGAGCCCAGAUCUUUGUGAGGGCUGUUUUAGCUUCUGAUCCUCCCUGUGAUUCGUGGCCCAGAUAAAGAGUUUUGUGUCCAGAAACCUGGGCUUAGCCCCUCCCAAACUCAUCACUCAUUUCGAUGAGCAUGAGAGGAUAGCAAGACUCUUAGUAAGCUAAUGGCUGAUUUGAUAAUCACACAGAGAACGAGAGGCUUCUGAUGGAAUAAACAAUAGGAAAUGCACUAGUAGAAGGGCCUCAAGUGGAGGGACUUUGGUUCCUCUUCACGGCAAGUACGGAUCUUGAUUGUGGUAUACACAAUAUCUGCCCAAGUUUUAGUAAAACAGGCCCAGGGAAAUCCAAAGCCAGUGCACAGGGAAUAGGGGAAUGAGUAGAGAUGCUGUUUUUGCAGAACAAACUUUGUCGCGGUUGAGACAUGAAUUCUGCUUUGCUCUUGAGCAAGAGUGGCAGACCCAGCCCUUGAAGCUGGCCAGCUGUUCAUGUCAGGCUUUAUUGGAGCACAGCCCGUUCCCAUUUGUUGAUGUAUUAUCUAUGGCUGCUUUCAGGUUAGAAGGCAGAACUGAACAGUUGCCAUAGAUACCAUGGCUCUCAGGCCUAAGCUGUUUUUGUGUGUGUGUGUGUGUUUUUCUUUGUGUGUUUUCUACAUUGUUUCUGUUCCCUGCCCCAGAGUAGAGAUGGCAGGAGGGGAGUGGGCAUGCAGAUACAGGGUCUAUCUGGCAGCAACAGUCUCAAAAGAAGUUCAUCUGGAUUUGUUAUUUAUUACCGUCUGUUUCCUGCUUCUCAGUCUGCAUUGGCUACAGACAGUGAUAUUCUAAAGUGAUAUUUAAGUAAUGCACUGGUUGUUAAUGUAUGCCUCUUGUGUUGGGCAGGAGUGGGUGGUAAAGCUUUUCUAAAGUGAUAGUACUUCUCUUUUGAAACUAUCCUAGUUAUUAAAAAUUAUCUGUACGGACAUGCAGCGAUCUUGUGAGGGGUUGGGAAAUGAAGCAGAGCUGGUGGGCAGCGUGGAAAUGGCCUCAUGGAUGGGUGGUGAGAUGAGCUGCAGGAGGCAGAUGAAGUGGGAAGGGCAUGUUGUUUCACAGGCAUUGGAUUCUUACCACAUUCUGUAAAGUAGAUGUUGUCAUCCCCUUCUUAAUUGUAAAAUGUGUCAUAGUUGAAACUAGAGAUGGAAAUCCCAUCUUCAGGUUGACUUUCAGACUGCAAAGUCAUGUUCCCUUUCUGUUCCCUCCUAAGAGGACAAUGGCUGGGAUGUAUUGUGUUGAGGCUGGGGGCAAUCCAGUUAGGAGAUAAAACUCCAUUACUGAGAGCAGAAGUGAUAGACUUAAGGAAGACCAAGCCCCGGAGGGCUGAGUAGAAGACUGACACUGAAGUAAAACUAAAUGUGAGAGAGGAACCUGCACUAAGUAAUAAAAAUGGGUCUUCUGAUCCGUAGUCAGACGCGUUAUCCAUUGCGCCACUGGCCCGCACCUUAAAAAUGGGUCUUACACCUGUGACCUGCCCAUGCUGUCCUUGAUGAGCCAGUCACAGGGAAAUGCAUUAGUAUUUAUACUUUGAAGUUUGCAUAUCAUUAUUUCCAGGAAUCACAUUGCACAUAGAAAGCCACGUGACAGUUUCUGAAUGAGAAGAAAUUUGAGAGAUCCCUUCUGGAUUUGCUUAACAAAUGGCUUUCAUGAAAGUAGCUCUGGCAUUGAGCCUCAGCCGUGUUGCACACUUUGAUUUACUGAAGUCACCUGACCAUCUAUUUUUUAUAUACAGAUGUGUAUAGUCUAAAGAGCAGGGAUGUAAAAUAUGGGUCGGUUUUCAUCUCUGAACUAUUGAAACCACUUCAGUAGUACCCUUGGAACAUGCUCCACCUCAGGGACCCUGGGAUGACAUCAGGUGGCUGUGCCCCAUUUCCGGGUACUAAUGCGGUUGGGUUGCUGGGAGUGGCCCUCUCCCCACUUUUCCCAGAUACCCGCUUUACCUCAUUUCUUCACCCUCCCCACCCUCAUUGGUGACCCACAUGGGCAUGCAUCCCUCUUGCCUAUGUAAACAUCAAAAAUAAAAUGAAUUCAUUAUUUUAAAAAAAUCUAAAAAAUGUAUGUGUUUUGAAAAAAAUUAUGGGUCUGUUUUAAGAUGCCAGUGUGGGACGUAGGCAUUGUUUUAGCACCAUCCAGUGUUGUCAGUGGGGUGGUAUAGAAAGGAAAUCCGCUAAGGAGCAGUCACAGGAAUACACUACUAUCUGUGCCCCAUGUGCACCCUGCUGGCGAUGGGCAGGGUAUUUUGUGAACAGUUCCGAGAGAACGUGUGGCAUCAGAGAACCUCUGAGUUUGUGAUUAACAGGUUUGUAAAAAAAUAUUCAAACCAUGUACCUAAGAUGUGGUGAAUACCAUUGUGGCCAGUUUGUGCUUUAAUGUCAUGUGUAGAAUGCCAGGGUUGAUCCCUGGGGCAAAGGAUUAGAGACCAUGCUGAAUGAGGGCAUCAAAAGGUGUGCUCCUCCUGAUCAUGGUGAACUUGGCUCUGCAGAGAAUGCAUGUUUUUAAAUUCUUUUGUCCCCCUUCAAAAUCUCAAAUGUAGAUCUUUUCUAAGAAGAUACAAUAGACUUCAUUUCACUUCAGCCCCUAAGGAAAGGAUACGUUUUAUCAGUAAUAAGUCCUCCAGUACCUGUAAAAUGAGUGUUUGGGCUCUGUAAUCAUUUGGCAAACCAAGGUGGAAACUGAAAAUGGAUUCAGGAAUUUACGAAUCGUGAAAUCCAUCCUUUUUUUUUUUUUGAUAUGACAUUAUUAAUCCUUCAGCUGUGACUUGAGCUUUGAAAGACUAGCCACCGGAUGUUACCUUUCACUUAAGCAUUUUUCCCAAAAAGCUUUCGGGGCCUAUGAAUGGUGAUGUGUGAAGUAACCGGGUGAAGUGGCAGCUGGGUUUGGAGAGCUGUUGAAGACUGGUUCUGCCACACGGUAGCUGUGGACCAUAGGCUUACCAGUUUCUCUGAAGGAUUCUGCAAUUAUUCUUGGUGGUGGUAAGAACCAAGCAAGGUUGACACAUCCCAGAAUCUGAAAAAUCGCAAUACUAAUGAAAGGUACAGUUGUUAAGAGUCUUCCACUUUGUUUUACCCUGCUUUUACCAGUUUCCAGAACUCAGUAUUUAACUCCCUGUACACUUGUGCUUUCAUUGCCCUUGUACAUGCUGUUCUGUCUUCUAUGCCUGGAAUACAUGAGCUCCCCAUUUCCCAUCCCUCUCCCAGAGUUUGUACUUACCUCUCACAGCACCCAUCACACUGUUGUAACUCCUUGUAUGUCUAAAUGAGAAAAGGUAGAAAGUUGAGAGACUCUUGUCUCCUUGCUGGAGGACAGAUUGCAUCUUUGGUCGUUUUAGUGCUGAGGAAGAGUGGGUGCUUAGUAGAUCAUGAUUGAACCAAGAUUUUAAAGAUAGAGAACCAGGACUAGAGUCAAGCUUCAUAUUACUAAUUUAAAGUUCAUAUCCUUUGCAGUCCAAGGCCUUCCCAAACCUGACAUUUUUCCCUAAUCCUUAAACACGUUUCCUAUCAGCAUCCUCUGUCAGAGUAACUGCAGAGUCCGAAUAGCCGAGUUGUGACUCAGCUGGGCUUCUAACUUGGUCCUGGUUUUUAAAAACAACACACAAACAAAAUCUUUGGCCUGAUUUUGUCCCUUAUCAAUGGUGGUGAUUAUUCGUUAGGAGAUGUUUAGAAAGUAAGAUUUAAGAUGCUAAAGCUUAUGUAAAGUUUAAAACUGUGGCUCUAAAAUAAAGGCACUGCCAUUCACUUAUAUCCUGCUGUUUUUCUGCUUUCUGGAAUGAUAGGAUUUUGCAACAUUCAGAUCCUGGCUUUAUUCAUGGGGCCACUCUAAAGCUUGCAGUUUAACUUCUCACACUGAGAAAACCUUGCUGCUCUUGCAUAAGGAUUGCUUCCUUUUUCUUGAUGAAGGAUGCUACAGGUUGUUACAUUUAAAAAUUAAAACAGCAAGAUUAUACAGAAACAUCAGAUGCCUCCUAAUUUCCUACUGAAAAUGUCCAGCUUUGUAUUCAAUGAGGAGGAGGAAAUGCAUAGAACCACAAGAGCAGAGCAGAGCAGGUAUUAAAAUCGAGGGGAUGAGCUGUGUUGGCUGCAUUGGUUCAGAUUGGAGACAACACUCUGCCCUCAUCACAGUCUAGUUCAUUCUUCUUCCGAGUCAUCCAGGAGGGCAGUAUGGUCAGUGUGAUCUGACUUCAGCUUCUGAAUCCCAAUGAUUUCCCCUCCUUCCUGUCUCUUCAGCCGAAUGCAAAACCUGUAGUAGGGAAACCAUAAGAAUCAUUGAGCCAGAAUAAGUUCCUUACCCUUUCCCCACCUCGCAAGGAUGUGAGAGCAUUUACUUGUUCUUCCAGCAUCUUCUUCAUGUCUAUGAAAUAUUGUGAUUAUAUGCCUGCACAUAUACAUUUAAUUUAAUAUGCCUGACUUAGAUAUUUAAUUUCUCAGUAGAUAGAAUGACUCAUGGUUAAUAACAAUGCCCUUGAGCUCCCUUCUCUGGUCUGUGUGAGACUUCCUGGAGGAAGUUAUCCACUUCGAAUCUAGAAAGAAGGGGCAGUGACAUGGCAGUAGAAUUAGUAGUAGCCUAUGCUGAAAUUCAUCCUUGGUCUGUGAGGCUGUGCGGUUCACAUGGUUGUGUGGCCUUGGAGGAAACUGCGCAGCCUUUCAGACACCUGGGUUUUCUCCAUCUAAGGAAGCGUAGUGCGGGGAUGGAUGUUCCAGGGCAUUGGGCUAAGUUGCUUCUUGGGAUGUCUGAAUCCUCUACAGUGUGUCUGGGAUGGAGUUCUGCCUGUGCUUCUGAUGCAACUUCCUGUUAAUGUGUCUGGAAAGGCAGUAGAUGAUGGCUUAAGUACAUGGGUGCCUGCCAUCCAUGUGGGAGACUACAUCAAGCAGUGAAGGUUAAAUUCAAUGUAAGUGCUCAUGCUAUGUGGGACACAGUCUGUAUUAAGUAGAUAGUAGUAGUCCUCACCUACAUUUCCCUAGAGAGCUUCUUCCCUGAUUCAGUGCUUGAUCAUUAGGAGAGCAGGACAAGUCCAGAGUUAAGGUGAUGAGUCCAGAAAAACAGUGGCAGCAGAGACCACUGAUUCCUAAUACACAAUGUUUCU